AUGGUCGCCUACCCCGAUUCACCGACACCCGAAUUUGCUCGCAUCAAAGGAGAAAUCGAGCGCCUCCAGUUCGCCAACAUGCUGCUUCGCGACGAGCUCUCCGCGUCCAAAGCCGAAGCUCGGGCCUACAAAGCCGAGAUGGCCGCCCAAGCCACGACCUCGCCCCCAGCGGAUUCGGACCUGAUAACGACCCUGAAGGCCCGCCUAAGUUCCCUCGAAGCUCAGGCGACGAAGGACAAGAGCCGCAUCCAGGCGCUAGAGGCGCAGGCGACGACGGACAAGAGCCGCGUCGAGGCGCUGGAAUCGCAGGCCGCGCGGGACGCGCCCUUCGUUGCCGUCGGGCGCGAAGUCCGCCUGCGCUACCUCGAGGUGCACCGUCAGCGACGCAUGCGCCGGCGCAUCGGUAUCGAGGGCGAGCAGCGCAUCAAAGCCGGCGACCGCGCCGCGCACCGCGGCCGCCCGGUCGCGGACGCCGCGCUCUGCCUACCGGGCGUCCCGGACGCUGACGCGAACCCGAGCCAAUUGAAGGAAACCUACGAGGACCUCUACGGCGUGGGCGCAGACGAGAUGCGGCGGAGGCUGCAGGACGUGCCGGAGGUCGUCGCCGCCGCCGGGUUCCACGCGUCGUUGCAGAGCGCGGGGCGGAAGACGACGGAGUUCGAUAAGCGGUUUGGAGAGGUGAUGCGCUUGGUGGGGAAGCAUCGCGACGUCGUGCAGCUGAAGAUCGCGUUCGGGGAGAAUGCGGCGCUGAUUCGGGCGCACGAUGACUUGCAGGAUUGCUUUGACAGGAUUAUCGCGACUGAGAGGCUUUGGCAGUCCCCUCGUCCUCAAUCCUGA